AUGGGCGUGUUCGUCUCGAUCGACUCCACGGAAGGUGGGCAAACGCAGGGAUUCGACUUCGAGCAGUACGUCAAGGAUGCAGAGGCGUCGUCUCGCACCAAAUCCGGAUUUUACGAGUCCACCGGCAUCGAAGUCGACAAGGCGCACGUCAACGACGAUCUAGUCGAUCUCAGUGCGCUGGGGAUUCCUUUUAACUCCCCGACAAGUCUCAGGAGUCCGCAGGAAAUGUCCUCGCAGCCUUCGCCGCUCUCUCAAUCCUCGCAGCAGCAGGUCUCAUCGCCUUCGCAGUCCUUACACUCCUCGCAGCCGAUGAAUCACGACAUUCUGAAGGAUUUCUAUCUCCCCGAGGAGGAGGAAGAAGAAGAAGAAGAGGAAGUGGUAGUCCCGGAAGGAUUCAUUAAGCCUGGCGUGGUGCGCAGAAGUCGCCAGUUGCGUCUGGAAAAGGGAAUCGGAGUGCGUCGUGUUCCUUCGUUCCGGAAACGCGUGGUGCUGCUUCCUCCACUGCCAAUCUCAAGACAGCAAGAUCGAACGAGGGAUGCCAACAAGGAGAAGCAGGUUCGGUUCUUCACGAAUGUGAUUUGCCAUGAAUACCAGAGCUAUUAGUUGAUUUUUCAUCAUUGCUUUUGUGU